UGGGACGUGCCAGGAGGGACGGUGCGCUGCAAUAAAGAGGCGGCGGCAGCUGAGAGGAAGAAACAGUGAAGUGGAAAGUCGUGGAAAGUCACACCGCGGCCGCUCUGGUUCACCUCCGUGCCUGCUUCUGACCUCAAAACAGCGGAGGAACAUGCUGCUCCCCCGACCGUCUCAUUAAGUCAGCUACUAAGAGAAACGAAGCUGCUCGACGGGCUUCCACACCGUGACAAUACAGCAGGAGAGUAAUUAACAAAAUAGACAGAUUUAUUGAAGGCCCUGCUGGAUUUUGUGCAGCCGCCAUGGGUAGCAAGACUUUACCAGCGCCAGUCCCUCUCCAUCCUCUCCUUCAGUUGGCCAACUGUUCCCUCAUCCAGGGCUCCUCAAGUCUCCAGCUACCAGCAGAUCAUUUUCACAGCAUCUACAGCUUCAGUGCAAUGCACGCCAUCCAUCUUCAUCAGUGGACCCUUGGCCUCCCUCCUUUGGCCCUGCCCCGCUGCACCAUCUCCAAGUUGCCUCCCCAGUUUUCCUCCAUGGCCUCUAUCCCCAUAUUCCCUUACCUUCUGCAGCCUAAGCAGGACUCUGCAGGGCUGCUGCAGAGCUCCAAGAACAAGCCCCGUUUUGACUUUGCCAACCUGGCAGCAGCAGCCACACAAGAGGAUCAUUUGAAGGUAGCAGAUCUGAGCAUGACAGGUGCUGCUGCUGAAGCACAGGCUUCAUCUCAACACCUACCCUCAGCCAGCCUAGGAUGCCUGCUAGACGUAACCAAACUCUCUUCACCAGAGCGCAAAUCUAGCCGAGGCAGACUGCCCUCCAAGACCAAGAAAGAAUUUGUCUGCAAGUUCUGUGGCCGACAUUUUACCAAAUCCUAUAACCUUUUGAUCCAUGAGAGGACACAUACAGACGAGAGGCCAUAUACAUGUGAUAUCUGCCACAAGGCCUUUAGAAGGCAGGACCACCUCAGGGACCACAGGUACAUCCAUUCCAAAGAAAAGCCCUUUAAAUGUCAAGAGUGUGGAAAGGGCUUCUGUCAGUCCAGGACUCUGGCUGUUCACAAAACAUUACACAUGCAGGUCAAGGAAGUGAAGCCAGCAAAGAUCAAGUGAUUCACUCUGCUUUCGGAGAGGGGACCACUGAAAGAACAUGACCAAAGACAACAACAAUCAAAGAACUGCCAAAGACAGAGCCCUCCAUUUUGGUGCAAACAUUCCUCAAGCAAGGAAUGUUGAAGCAGCCAGCUUUUAAAUAAAUGAAACACAAGUUAGUGGAGACAUGUAUGCUUAGUUAUCAAAGCCUCCUUUUCAAUAAAUGUCAUAUUUGUUUUGUACAAAUGCAUUAUAUCAAAAUGUAUUUUUGCACUUUAACCUGAUUGAUGAUUAUUUACAUAUAUCACUGGAUUUUCUUAAACUUAUUUUCAAAAUGAAUAAUCAUUUCUAAAUAAAAUAUUUUACUGUAA